AUGCAAAACCUCUACACCACCAAAGGACUGAGUGCACCGUACAAUGUGAGGGUAGAGAUUGAAAAGGACACAGCGGUCGUCUCCUGGGAUCACAUUGAGUCUGACUCGUCCUUGAAGGGCUACUAUGUUACGUUGGAGGACAUUGGCUCUGGGCAGAAGGAGAGCCCUGCUUACGUCCACGUGAACAGCGGCAUUCGGUGUGCCAACGUCAUAGGAUUGCGACCUGGAACAGUUUACAGGCUUAUGGUGUCUGCCCAUUCAACCGACACUCACAAAACAAGCCAACCACUCACCGUCAAUACCGACAAACUUGAGUUUCUUCAUGCACAGAGCCUGAAUGUGUCCAACAUCACAAAUGUCAGUGCAAAUCUCAAAUGGACACACGCUGCAAAAUACAACAUCCACCACAUCAGGUUCAAGCUUGUGUGUAUGGGACUCCAGACCUUCUCUCGAAACGGGGAGCUAAUGGAGGAGCGGACUGAACUGAAACAUGGGGCCUGGUCCACCUCUCGAGGGAGGGAGAGCUACCCAGCCAGCAAACUCCUGCCAAACUGUCGCUACACCUGUCGCCUCUUCUCAGUGGCCAGGGACAGACAGAGUGACAGCCGACAAGUCUCCACAAAUCCGUCACGUCCUCCGAGGCCCAGAAUCUCCCUCAAAGUGGUCGGGGAACGCACUUCAAACUUCUCGCUCGAGCUCUACCCCACCGACGAUCAGUUUGGAAAGAUUGAUCACUACAAGGUGAUAGCAUUCCCAGUCACCAGAGAUGGAGAUCAGCCGAGGACCGUCCCCUUCAAGCUGGUGGUUCCGCUGCCCCAACUCCUCAACCACACUCUCUCCAAGAAGCUGGCCGAAAAAGUGGUGGAGCGUGUCCCGUUCUUUGUGGGAGAGUACCAGUCAGGAGACCUCCCGCCUACGCUCAAGAUUGCCGGGAGAUGGGUCCAAAGGGCGUUCAAAAUUGACACCUACUACUCCUUUGUGGUGGUGGCCUUUACCAAGAGCUCCGAUAAGUUUCUCUACACCAUCAGUGAACCCGCAGAUCCUCCAGUUCUUAUCGGUCACGACGAGGUACGCGAGGCAUUGUUGAAGAAGAAGCGGGUGACGGGGAGGUUCAGUAACAUCGUCAUGGGAACCAUGAUGGGCGUCGUGGGCAUCUUUUCUGUGGCCUUUCUCGUCAUUUUUGUCACCAAGUUUUAUCACGGGAACAAGAGGGACGCCCACUAUUUUGCUGUGGCUGAAGACAGCAGUAGUGACGAAGAGACAGUCUACAUCAGGAAACAUACACCCAAGGGGAGAGGGCAUAAAUACUUCAAACCUCCCAGCCCCGUAUCCCCAUGUCCUGAGGGUGACUCCAAGGCAGAGUGGGCCGUGAAGAACAUGUACUUCAAUCCAGAAUUUGAAGAGACGGUGUUCCGGAGUCCAGAGACCCUGCAGGAGAUGGAGGAGACCAUGAACGUCCUCUCAGACUACCGGACCGGUCAGAAUGUGGACCACCACGGUGAUGACGACCAAGACGAGUUUCCUCUGAGACAAGGGAACAAACAGGAGCAACAGCUAAUGGAUGAAUCUGCAGAGGAGAUCGUUGAUCUCCUUUCUGUUGAGCCUCAACUAGUCCCAAACAUCAGAGAUCUGCCUCCAGCACCCCCUCCCCCUCUUAUUCCACUGCCCUCAACUCCUCCUCGGAUAAAAGAGGAGACUUUACCCAUGUCCAAACCUCCCGGGAGUGGACAAGUUGUUCCCUCUCUAGUCGUGGUACCACCGACUCCCAUUCCCCCACCACCAGAACUGGGUGAAGCUCUCUCUUCCCCAGCCCCUCCUCCUCUUCCUCCCCCUCCUCUUUUACCAUCACCCCCGGCUCCUCCUCCCCCUCCCCCUCCUCCUCUUCUACCAGCUAUUCCUGAAGGCCAAUCUCCUACAGCCUCCCCUACCGGUGAGUUUACCUACAACUCACGCACCUGUAGACCGGGCUCCAAAAACCUUGUCUCCACCCACCGGACACCACACCCCCACAACCACGCCUCCUCACAACUUCCCCCCUAUUACUAUGUGACACUGAACCCUGCCCUCGGGGCUUGUCUGGAGGAGUACAACGUUGCCUCGCAUGCCCGUCCAUUCUCCACUGUCCACCACCUCACCCAACACCGCCCAACACACCCACCAUCACAGGCACAAGCAUGCAACAACAGGAAAAGGAAAAAGAAGAGACGAUCAUCCAGCAGAAAGAACGAACAAGAAGAGAGUUGAUAAACUGAUCCAUUGUUGAGACGAGAAAUCAUACUGUCUGUUCACUAUACAUGUGCUGUUGUAUCCAUAAAAAAAGUGAUGUAUGCAGUAUUUGACACUCAGUCUGGCCAUAGUCCAGUGACAGUCUCGAGGCAGACCCUGGCCCCCUGUAUCUGUUCAGAAACGGUACCGGAACGAGACUGGGACCCUCUCAGGGCAGCGGCAUACAUCGCCUUGUACCCAGCCAGCGACGACGACUUUGGCAAAU